CAGGUAUCCUGACGUGGACCGAACGAGCCUCCCUCGAGCCCGGUACCCUGAGGUGGACUGGCCGAGCCUGCCCCGAGCCCGGUACCCUGAGGAGCAGCCCGAGCGUAUCCCUGACCCAAGUCCGGAGGAGCAGCUCGACCUAGACCGCCUUCAGCACGCCGAGGAGCCCAUGGUGUGGGACCCCGCUGCCGAGCCCAGCGAUGAGCAGGCACAGAAAAGAAUGGGCUGACAUCGAACCAGUACCUCAAAACGAUGGACCAAAUCCUGUGGUUCAAAUCAUCUAUAGUGAAAAAUUCAGAGAUGUCUAUGAUUACUUUCGGGCUGUUCUGCAGCGGGAUGAAAGGAGUGAAAGAGCUUUUCAGCUAACGGGGGAUGCCAUUGAACUGAAUGCUGCAAAUUACACAGUGUGGCAUUUCCGGAGAGUCCUCCUGCAUUCAUUGAAAAAGGACCUUAAUGAGGAAAUUAACUAUAUUACAGCUAUCAUUGAAGACCAGCCAAAGAAUUACCAAGUCUGGCACCACAGACGGGUGUUGGUAGAGUGGCUGAAGGAUCCAUCUCAAGAGCUUGAGUUUAUAGCUGAAAUUCUUAACCAGGAUGCCAAGAAUUACCACGCUUGGCAGCACAGACAGUGGGUUAUUCAGGAGUUCAAGUUGUGGGAUAAUGAACUGGAGUACGUAGACCAGCUUCUGAAAGAGGAUGUGAGAAACAACUCUGUUUGGAACCAAAGAUACUUUGUAAUUUCCAACACUACUGGCUACAACGAUCCUGCUGUUCUAGAGAGAGAAGUCCAGUACACUCUAGAAAUGAUCAAGACAGUGCCACAUAAUGAGAGUGCAUGGAACUAUCUAAAAGGGAUUCUGCAGGAUCAUGGUCUUUCCAAAUAUCAAAAUCUAUUAGAGCAACUGGUGGAUUUACAGCCAAGCCACAGUUCUCCGUAUCUGAUUGCCUUCCUUGUGGAUAUAUAUGAAGACAUGCUAGAAAACCAAUGUGACAACAAGGAAGAAACACUAAACAAAGCAUUAGAGUUAUGUGACAUUCUGGCUAACGAAAAAGACACAAUCCGAAAGGAAUAUUGGAAGUAUAUUGGAAGGUCCCUUCAGAACAAGCACAGCACAGGCAGUGAACCAGAGUUGCCGACAGAUCCGCAGCAAUAACUGCAAGUGGCAGAAGAUGGUGUCAAGCUCUAAGAUACUUACAAAGGAACUCCAAGUAGGGGGGCACGAGCCAGUAUAAACUUAGAGGUACUAUUCCCCUCUGCCUGAGUGUGAUGUAACUAUAUGUGCACUGCACAGGUGUUGCUUUUAACAGGAACUGAGUGAAGUGUUCAGUAUAACACAAUCCCCUUUGGUCACUGCUGCUAUUGACAAUAGCUAUAGGUAGAUCAAGUAAUUAAGACUUCAAUUCAUUUUAGAAGUAUGCAAAAUAAAGGACUUGUUCUUAAUACGCAA